AUGGCGCCAGUGUUUUACGAUGUCGCGUACCAACUCUGUGACAAGUUUCGCCAACUAGUCGCCGACAAGAACAAUGCCGGUCUUUCUCCUUCUCCACCCAGACCUAUUGACGCUGUAUCCGGAGGUGCCAAAACCGAAGUCUUGAAGUACAUCAACAUGGCUACUUUCGACGUCACGGGUCUCGCAGGUUUCGGACAUGCUUUUGAGGCCUUGUCGGAAAAGCCGAAUAGGCUUACAAGCUGCAUGCAUAGGUACAUUGCGGCAUUCUUCGAGGCGAGGCUGUCGGACUAUUUGGCUGGGACAUAUCACAUUCAAAUUCGUUCAGAAAGUCGUCUAACGCCCCCGAAGAGGAUCGCUGGAGAGAGAAAGAACGACAUUCUGCAACAGUCUUUCGGAGAGGGUAUCAACAAGAAGCAGGAUAUCGGCAAUGAUCUGUUCUCUAUUCUCAUCAAAGCCAACAUGGCGUUCGACUUGGAACCACACGAGCGCCUCUCCGAUGAAGUCCUCGCUGACCAACUUCUGACUUUUGCACGCAGCGAGACUGUCGCCACCUCUCUCUCAAUCUUUCUGAGACUUCUCAGCGAGCACCCCGAUGUCCAGAAUCGACUUCGUACAGAGCUCGUUUCUGUCGACGAUGACCGCCCCCCUGUGGAAGUGCUGGACAAUCUUCCUUACCUCGACGCUUUUGUCCGCGAAGCUCUCCGCUUCUUCCCCGCCGCUCCUUGGGUCCUCCCCAGCGCUACCGGAAACGCCACUGUACCUCUCGGCACGCCCAUCAAAGGGAAAGAUGGCAAGUUGAUUACCAGCUUCAACAUAGACGAGCGCUCGUAUAUCUUUUUACCACUCCGCGCCAUGAAUAUUUCUACCACCUUUUGGGGUCCCGAUGCCGAGACAUUCGACCCCUCGCGCUUCCUCGACCACCGUACCGUAAACAUGGCCAAGCUCCCCGGCGUCUAUGGCAAUAUGAUAUCGUUCCUUGCCGGUCCCCGCAAUUGCAUUGGAUACAGGUUUGCGUUACUACAAAUGAAGGUCAUGCUGUUUGCCUUGUUGAGAGAUUUGGAAUUUAGGGAGCUGAAGAGCAAGCCGGAGACGGUGUAUAGGCCUUCGCCGGCGGUACGAGCUUAUGUCAAGGGCGAAGAGCAUCUCGGGGUUCAAGCUCCUUUGAUGGUUAUUCCCCUCGACAACUCUGGUCAUGUGAGCAAAGACCGAUGUUGA